AUGGCUUGUGUGCUGCGUGAUGAUGCGAAGGGGGUGCAGGGAGAGAGGAAGGUGAAGUUCGUGGCCGGAGUGUCUGUGAAGCUGGCUUUGCAACGGUGCAUCAGCGGCAUUGCCUCCGCAACCACCACAGGCAACACACAUUGGCUUCACAGCAAGACGCUGCGGCAGCAACAACUCACCGAUUCAUCAUCAAGUUCCUGGCGCUUCGUGGUCUCAUCGCCUUCUGCUGGACCAUCCUUACCCUGCGCCUACAUCAUGUUAGCAAGCCAUGAAAGCGCAUUCGCAGUAUUGCAUGAGUAUGUCAAUCUCAGAAGGCACGAAUCAUUCGAGAAGAUGCGCUCGCAACAAGAGUCGCGCCAGCACGAACAUUUGCAAGAGAAGAAAAGGCCAGCCCAACACCAGUUUGCAAUGGUCUCUCGCCGUGUGGCCCAUCGGAGGAAGCGUGGGAGCCCCGGCAUAGACGUCGACAAUUCGACGGAGCAACAACUCACCUGCUCGGCCUGUUCUGCCUGUUCUGGUGAUUGUUCGGUUGCGGGUCCGGUCUGGUCUUGGGAGCUCGAAGAACUCUUCUCCGAGACGCUUGACCGCGACGCGGCGCCUCUGAUUCUGAACUCGUCUCCCUCUGCCAUGAUGCCCUUGGCCGGAGAAGGACUGAGGCAGAAAACGCACGCGACCACAGGCCGAUACUUGGGAGUCAAGGGAGGCGGCCAAGACCGCUGGGCGGAGAUGAAAAGUUCUGGGAUCUUCUCAACUCUCAAUGGGGAUGCGCCUGGGCCAGGAUUGCGACGGCGACGGCGAUUGCUGGCCUUUCAAAUCAAUCUGUAUAAUACUUCAAUGCACUUUGACUGGCCAAAGAUGCUGACUGAGUUCAGGAGCUCAGGAGGACUCCGGAAGAGCUUGGCGCGUGGAACCAGCUCUCUGAUGAUGCCUGAACCUGAACCUCAGCAGUCCCAGAAAUGCGAUGCUGCCAUGGCACAGCCUGUGCUCGUCAGAGCUUAUACGAACAGGAAGGGCUUCGCAAACCGAGCUCCCGGACGAGUAGAGGACGCUGAAGCUCUACCACCGAUAUCGUCGUAUGCCUUCGCCGACAUUCUCAGGUCGGUACACGGCAGCAAGGAGUUCCAAGAUGCAAUCGACGGCAUCGCAGAGAUAGCUGCCAAGAAUCGCAUGAGCUUGGCUGAGGAGUAUGGCUCUCAUCUGCCGCCCGUCGGCGAGAUUACAGUGACAGGAUCCUCUGCUGCUCGACCGCAGCUGCAUCGUCCCACCAUGCGACGUCGAGCUCUCACGAGCGUGCCCGAAGCCAGCUCGGGAAGCAGCGAGGGUAGCCGCAAGAGUCCAGCGAAAAGAGCGAGUAUAUUCAGCUUUCGAAAGCAGCAAAAGCAGCCAAUGCAGCAAAAGGGAGACUGCAAGCCAAUGCAGAGAAUGCGCAUCGGCAGUAUGGGUAGGACGAUACCGGUCGGAACGACAGUCGCCAUGGCUGUGGAGGUUCUGUGGCCGGCCGAUCACACCGGAGCUUCCUUUGAGACCACCACCACUGCUAUGAACUCUCCUCCAGGGCCUGGACCCGCACAGCGCUCUUCGAGUGACGCUCAGUCCAGCCUGCAACGACUCCUGGACGGCACUGGCUUGGUGUCUGAUACGUAUGAUUUGAUGUGCCGUUUGGGACGAGCAUGGCAGACGCCAAUAGUCAUGCGCGCAGCGGGCAUAUAUGCAAGAACGCAGAAGAGAAAGCAAAUAUACAGACAGAAAAACCUCGAACUUAUAACUUACCAUUGGAGGGGCCUCUAUGCCGACCCCAGCAUUGUCGUUCGGACCGUCCGAGUCGGUGGACUCACGUCGUCUGGACUGGCGGACCCGUUUGCGGCGUUGCUGCCGUCCUCUGGACGUGUAGCCAUGGCUGUGGACUGCGGUGUGCCGAAGAUCCUGCGGCAUGCCACGAGCAAUGACAGAGGGAUGGCGUAUAUGUGCAGCGGAUGGAUGUUAAAGUCGCAAGAAGGCAGCACGGACGGACCCUUGCGUCGCCACUUCCACAUGAAAGUCCCGCUCUUCUUAGUUCGACUCACUUUGCACCCGCUUUUUCCUACAAAACCACAGAUCAAGAAAGAGCGACAUCAAAAAGACACGACAAACCCGAAAGAGCGACCUCGGACAGGCGCAGGCAAGUACCGCACUAUGCUAACAACGUCGCAACUAGUGUCUACUACCACACAGCGCGUCGCUGGAGCCGGCGCAGGUGAAGGAGGACGAGGUGGAAAGGGCGGCGGUGGCGGUGGCGGUGGCAGUGGCAGUGGAGGAGGUGGUGGAGACAAGAAGGAACAGCUCCCCGACAUCUCUGGGGCCCAUCAGCUCAGCGAGGAAGAAGAAGACGCGCUCCUUGAGCGCUUCACCGUUGCGCUCAUCGGCAUGUGGCAACGCCUUCUCGAGAUGGGAGAGGAACAGAGAGCCGACGCGAUGUGGGCGCUCGGAGAGCAGGUGUUUGGAGAGGAUCGCUGGGGCGGGAUGGAGGCGACGCUCGAGACCAGAAGAGGUGCUCUGUCACGGCAUCACCAUGCAGUAUGGCCUGAAAGUCGUUGGGAGAUGGAAGCUGGCGCAGGAAACGUGAGUGUUCAGGAUAUCACCACGACUGAAUUGGAUACCCAGCUCCGGGUGAAAACUUCAAGCACGCAAGUCAACUCUCCGCUCGUACUGAAAUGUGAAACUCCGCAGUUGGAGGCCAAUAUCAGCAUGACAAGUGGAGUCUUUGAAUCACCUAUCGUAACGACAACUCCACAGAAAAAUUUAUACCCUGCUUCUAACCUCGACGAUGCUACUGAAUGCGAUAUCGCCGUCUUCGGAAGCUCUCCACCGUGGAAAAUGGACACGGAAGCUCUCAGCAUCACUUUCCGCGUGGCCCUUUCCGCCUGCGUAGCAUAUUCAACGGAUGUGGAAGAGUAUUUACUACUCGGAGCAGACGCGAUCACCAUCACCUCCUAG